GUCUUUUCACUGGUAUCAAUCAAAACUUUUCCUCUCGUCGUUUCUGUUUUGCUUCCUUCUUUUUUCUUACCUCAUCCUCUCACCUUAAUUCCUCCUUUCUCUCUCUUAUCGCCCCUAAUAUUUAACUAUGUCUGGUGUUCAACCUGUAGCAGUGUAUGCCCUCAGGGUGCCUCCUGGUACCCUGGUGCCCGCCGUGCCUGAUGCGGCUGCUAUGUUCCGUGUGAGCAUGGCUGCCAUCGAUCCUGACGAGGAACCCGACUUCGAUGGACAUGACACCAACAAGCGCCCCAGAGCCACCCUCAAGCUCAUUCGUCCUCCUCCUGGAUUGGAGCUCGAAGACGACUCGGAUGAUGAUGACUACGAGGACGUGGACUCUGAGGAUGACUCCGACGAUGAGGAAGUCAAUGGCGGUCCCAGCGACAAGGAGAAGGCUCGUAAGCUCAAGGAGGUCGCUGCUCUCAAGGAGAUGGAGGAAGCCAUGGACGAGGACGACGACGAUGAGGAUGACGAUGAGGAUGGAGAAUUCGACCUGAAGGCCGCUAUCUCGAAGCUUGUUAAGGGCAAGGCCCCUGCUACUGAUGAUGACGAGUCUGAUGGCGAGUCCGAUGAGGGCCUGGAACUCGAUGAGAUGGUCGUCUGCACAUUGGAUACCGAGAGGAAUUUACAGCAGACUCUGGAUAUCACUGUCUCUGAGGAUGAGCGUGUUUUCUUCAAGGUUACCGGUACUCACACUGUCUAUCUGACCGGAAACUAUGUGAUCCCCACCGAUGAGGGCCGUCAGGGUUACGAUGAUGAAGAUGAGGAAGAUGAGGACUAUGACCUUUCCCCCGACGAGGACGAGUUGGAUCUGGACGAACUCAUGGGCGAAGACGAGAGCGAUGAUCUCGAUGGUCUGGAGAACCCCAGGAUUACCGAGGUUGAAAGCGAAGAGGAAGAGGCCCCCAAGCUCGUUGAUACCAAGGGAAAGAAUAAGCGCUCUGCCCCAGCCGAUGAGGAAAAGCCUGCGAAGCAGGUAGCUAACAGCGAGGAGGGUCUGAGCAAGAAGCAGCAGAAGAAGCUCAAGAAGAACAAUGGUGACGCUGCUGCUGUUGAGCAGAAGAAGGAGGGCAAGGACGGAAAGGAAGCCAAGAAGGUCCAGUUCGCCAAGAACCUUGAGCAGGGUCCUACCCCCUCCGGUCAGGAUAAGAAGCCCUCCGAGCAGACCACUGGCACUCUUGGCGUCAAGGAGAUCAAGGGCGUUAAGAUUGACGACAAGAAGCUUGGAAAGGGACCUGCCGCCAAGGCCGGCAACACCGUCUCCAUGAGAUACAUUGGGAAACUCGAGGACGGCAAGGUGUUCGAUUCCAACAAGAAGGGCAAGCCUUUCAGCUUCAAGCUCGGCAAGGGUGAAGUGAUCAAGGGCUGGGACAUUGGUGUUGCUGGCAUGGCCGUUGGUGCCGAGCGUCGCAUUUCCAUCCCCCCUCAUCUGGCCUACGGCAAGAAGGCUCUUCCCGGCAUUCCUGGCAACUCGAGGUUGAUCUUCGAUGUCAAACUGCUUGAGAUUAAAUAGACGACUCGUCCGCACCAUGUACAAGGUUGCAUAUUAGCUUGAUGUUUGGUUAUCACGGUGGCUGUGCUGUCCAUAUGGAUUUCGAUAUGUCUCUUUCUUCUGUUGUUUCUCACUCUGUCAAAAAAAACGGUGUUCUAGGGGACUUGAAUUUUAGUUUCAAUUCGUCAGUGUCUUUAUUGUUGCUUUUUUUUACUUCGUUUUCUUUUCUUCUUGUUUUGCUUAAUUGUGAUAUCCGACUUGUUUCUUUCUUGCACCGUUGUGCAUGUAUACAGCAGGGAUGAGGAUAUUGCAAAGCAAAGCGUGUAUCUUCCAAUAGAAAGGAGUGAGAAUACUCAAAACCUGGAUCCAUAAUACUAGUAUACCACUUCAAGUUACUAUCUAUGAUUAUAUCAACGGUUUCUUGUAGGUUGCUCUUCCACGUGAGUCGUAACUUCCUUAAUCGAUAAUAAAUGGAUCUUUAACCAUCUCUCUUCC